GUCCGCCGGCUGCCGUCAGACUGAGGCGGCAUUUCGACGGAGCGGGGCUGUGACCGACCUCUCCGCAGUACAGAAACCGUGCGCUCGGCCACCAUUGACCCUAUACCGAUCAUGGCAGCCGGCGAUGAGUGAUUUACAGCUGAGUGUCUCCGACGCGGCGAUGGGUCACGUACAGCCUGCGUCAGCGGGCUGUCCUCUGGAGCAAGCGGCGCGGGCGCACCAGGAGACCGACGAGCUGCGGAAGCGUCCUCUGGACACUGCCGAGCCGCCGCCGCCCGGUAAACGGCUGCGGCCGGCACCCGUGUGGCGCCAGGAGACGCCGCCGCCCUCGCCGCACGAGUCGUCCUCCGAGGCCAGCGAGGACGAGUCGGAGGACGAGGAGGACGAGGACGAGGAGCGCGGCUACCAGGGCAGCAUCCUCGCCUCGUGCCUGCUCUCCGACAAGCGGACCGCCUUCAGCGCCAGCCCGGAGUCGGCGGAGUCGGGCUACUCACCGGCCUGCGAGCUCGGGCGAGCCACCUACUCUGGGUGGUACUCGGAGGGUGGCGCCGGCCAGCGGCCACAAAACCAGACUGUCGAGUGUGACGGUAAGAGUUACAUCCAGUUGGGCGCGGUGCCGGCGCGGCGGGAGCGCUCCCAGUUGUACCGGUACCAGAGGUUUACGGCGCUCCACACCACCAUGCUCAAACUCAGCAGACACCGGCGCAUGGUCGACCCUCCGCUGCGCAAAUCGGUGCUUCUCUUCAACACGAUGCGGCACAUCGAGAGGGAGCUGGAACAGGAGGGCCUCACUCUGGCAGCAGCCUUCAACCCGCACCACUUCGACAGCGGUCCUCUGACACUGGACCCGCCUCCCCCACCGCAGACGCCGCCACCUCCGGCGGCCGUCAGCCUACCACCGGCGCCGGUCGUGUCUGCCUCUCCCUGCGGAGACAGCGGCUUCGGCGAGGACGAGAUCAACUGGAGCUCGGUGCUGAGCCUGGGCAGCCAGCCGGAGCUGGAGCUGGUGCCGCUGGACGCCCACACCGGCUGGCAGCUGACGCCCCUCUCGGCCGACGACGUGCUACGCACCUUCCCGGCAGACCGGCGCGACGAGCCCGACGCGGCGACGGCGGCGGCGGCGCUCUCUUCGCUGCUGGCGCUAUAGCCGAGCCGCGCCCGGACGGGGUGAGCACUGACGGACGGCGCCGACACAAUAUCUCGGGUAUCUGGGUCGAACUAGCGCUCUUACAAGCAGAGAUAGCUGAUCAGUUCACUAGAGUCCCAUCAAAAAAGUCGUCAUAUUUUGUUCAUAGGAAUUGAGUAGAAUGGAUCAGGAUUUGCAUCAUUCCUCUAGUGUAUUUUUAACGUGUAAAAAUGCUUAUAUGUUAACUUAGCUAAGCGUUCAGACUUUCACCCAUUAAACCAUAUUCAAUCAACCGAUUAGUUUCGCUUAGGUCGACUCAGAACCCGGAAUAUUGAGGUAGUGCCGCUGUUGGGCUCGCUCCGGUCCCCGUUGGUGGAUCGCUGUGAUACUUCGAGUACCUGCCAUAGUCGCUAGGUGGUAGCACCGGCGGCUGGGCCGCGCCAGCUGUAUUUUUUGUAUAGUGAUUUUCCGCUGAGAGGCUCAAAGGUGUCGUUACGUCCGAAUGCCAGGGCAGCAGCGGGCUGUGAGGGUCGACCGGGUCAUUUCGGGUCAACUGAGGUCACCGGGUGCCGUUCGGGUCAGCUGAGGUCAGCUGGUGGCUGCUGGCGCCAUCUGUCCGACUCGAGUACAAAGAUGCGCCGCGUAGAGGAGCAAUAAGCGACGCUCAACGGUCCUGCCCACCAGAGCACAUAAGACGGCUCGCGCGGCCGCCUGGUGCGCUGUGCCGUCCGCUGCUGGACUCGCUGGGGUUGGAAGUACCACCCUCUGGUCCGCAUGGUGUCCCAAUGAGCUUCACCGGGUGUCGGGCGGCUGUCGCGCGGGUGUGUCCUUCAAUGACAGGUAGCUGUGGGGUGUCGCGGCCCACCGCCGCUGUGUGAAUGGUUCCGGCGACGACCGAGAUUAGGGCCGCGUCCGGCGACCCGCGAGCCCACCAGACGUGUCAUACUCGCCGGUAGCGGCCGGUUUUAUGGUACCAACACUGCCGCCGUCAGACCGACCGAACUGCGCUGUCGGGACGCAGGUCUGCUCUGUUGGACAGCGAAUGUACUGAGUAUGGCGACUGAGAGAUUUAUUUUAAAUAUCUGUUCGUGCUUGUUUGCGUGUGUUGGCUGUAGCCCCUGAUCGCGAGUCGCCUCGCACUGAGGGCCAGCCGGAUGGGGUAUCUGCUACGGGACGUCGGUUAGUACGACUGGGCUCAACUGCCUGAGAUCGCCCGCUCACUGUAUCAACUGAACUCGCGGUGUUAUGUGCUGCGAGACACUGACAAAUUGUGCCGAGCGAUGGGCGCUGCUCAGGCAUGUAUUGCUCUGGAGCGCACGGCGAUUUUGAACAUGUUUUGAUUUAUUUAUUGCAGCUAGUGACGUAGGUUAGCCAUUAGGAGCGCAUGGGCUGCGGGCCGCACAACUACGGCGCCGAUAUUGUCGCAGUAUACCGGCCGGAUUUGUCACAAUAUCAAGCAUCCAUAAUCAAAGCCCAUGACUGCGACGCAUCCGAGUAGCAGGGGACGACAUUAGAGCAGCUGUUGUGCGGAGCGGCCCGGCCCGCCUCAGUCUCAGUCCAGCCUCUGGCGCAGAGGACGGGCCAGCUCCCCGGCCCGGGCGCCACCGACGGAGCUCAGCCGGUGCCGCCAGCGUUUGUAACGCCUGUUUUGUACUUAGCGUGUGUACAUACGUGUCACCCACGGCCAAUAAACGUGAGGUCAUACCGCGA